GUGAUUCUUUACAUUACUAGAAGGUGUUUUUUUUAUUUCGAUAACGUCUGUCUCUUUAUCCUAACAGCCUGAACUCAUUUGGAAAGCUCGAAUUAUGAAAUUAUUUUAAUAUGUUCCCUAUAUCUUGAUUGCGUGAACCAUCAUUUGUUUGCUUAGACUGUUGUUAUCAGUGGGAAGGUUAUCUAUUGCGCUUGUUAUUCACGAUCAAUCGCAACUAUCGUUCACAGACACUGUUUGUAUGCAAUUUUACAGAAAAUUAGGAUGAAAUAAAGUAUCGUUAAAAAAGCCGAGUAUAUUUCAGUAGUUCCUUAGUCUUUUACUUUGUUUGUGCUGUCUGUGGUAAGUCUCAGAAAUGUGGCUUAUUGGCAAGUUAUCUUGUUUCAGACCUAACACAAGUCUCGACGCUUCAAGCCAUAAUCUAACUUACUUAGUGUCUCAUGUUUAUUUUACACACUGAACUAACACAACUUUAAAGCUCUCUGGAACCCAAUCGAAGCUAACUACCUGAAGUAUCUUAUGUGUUGAGUUGUUCAUUAAGUCAUUUAUAGAGUUAGUUAAUGGAAAGUGCACGUAUAAUCUCUUCAAAAUGGUCGUUUUGGCUCUUUUUUACUCCAAUUGAUGGUGAAUCAUGGUGAUGUACACACUUGUAUGUCGCAUGUUAAUUUUUAUAUAUAUUCCUAUAACUUAACAUGUUAAUACGACGGGAUACCAGAAGUAAUAAUACGAGAUUUUAGUAGAAGCUAUAUAUUUCAUACAUGCUUAUCCACAGAUAAACUGUGAUUGUGGACUAAAGAAACGAAGGUUUGGGGUUGGUGACAUACCAGUUCGUUAAUUAAUUCUGUGCCUUACCUUAUUUAGGUAAAACAGAGUAAUUUAGGCUAGUAAAUGGACAACAAACAGAGUAGUUGUUGGAUAGGCAUGCACACAAACAAAGCGCAUAUAGUAACAUAAAUAUAGUCAACAAGGGCAUGGAUAACAGAAAUAAGUAUAUAGAAAGUCACGAUUACUUGUAAGAUAUAUAGAAUUAUUAGGAAUGUAAGACGGACUCAAUAGUCACAUGGUGUCUGAUUUAUCAAUAUUUGUCCAACAAUUAGAAUACAUCCAUAUAGGAGAUGUGAAGGGUCACUAUAUCUUUACAUUGUGCUCCACCUCGAAAGUCUUCGUCCUGGAGUUGUUCCAGAAGUAAUUUACUUAAAAAUAGCCACAAAAUUCUCCCGACCCAGAACCUUGGACUAAAAAUACACUUGGUGAGUUUUCAGACCUACGUGUGAUCAGUAUCUAUAAAUCAUCCUACAAGAACUGAACGUAUUCCAAACUUAUUGGUCUUCGUUUCAUGAAUAAGUCCUCUAUGUUCAUGGUAGCCUGUAAGAAAAUCUAAGAUAUGUUGAGCGUUGGUUAAUUAAUAUAAGGUAGAUGACUUGCUGAACAAGUCAGAACUCGUGGAUGGAACUAGCUCAUGGAGUUAACUAACUAACCCAUAGAGUUAGAGUUUUUGUAAAAUUGAGGUGUAAUUACAAUCAAAUUUAGGAUAAGCAAAAUACAAAGUUUGAAACUAAAAACUGAACUUGUGACCUCCUUAACCAUCACUUACAUUUCAAAGUACUAACUAAAGCAGUUUGACUUUAUUUUAAGUGGUGUUGUGACCUGAUAAACGUCUGAGUAGUUAUCAUUGGAGUCAGAGCUGUUGCUUUAUUACGGAUUUGUAGUAGUUGUCAUCGAUGAUUAACCAGUGAAACUUGGUAAAAAAAAAUAGCAUUUCAUAUACUUGAUCGAAUUCCAUUUUGUAGGAACCACUGAGGCUACCUGAAUACCCAAACCAAAGCAGGCUAAUUCGCAUUUGAACCUAUAGACCGCAAAUUGACAGAGGGUUGCUUUGACUAAGUGUUAUGAAUAUUAUACUAUGCAUAUUGGUGUUAAUAAAUCAGACUAUUUACCAUCAUUGAUAGUGCAGAAAUCACCUGUUAACUUUUAUAUUGGACUUUGCCUCGCCUUAUUGUCGACCUUAUUCAUUGGAACUAGUUUUAUAUUUAAAAAGCUUGCACUUCGUCGAAGUUCCAGGAAUGGAUUUAGCGCUGGUGAUGGAUCCCUAAGUUAUUUGUGUGAAUGGAUGUGGUGGAUGGGUUUUAUUCUAAUGGGUAUUGGUGAAUUUGCCAAUUUUGUAGCGUAUACAUUCGCUCCAGCUAUACUAGUGACACCGUUAGGUGCAUUAUCUGUACUUGUUAGUGCACUGUUAAGUGUACGCUUUUUAAAUGAACGUUUAAAUUGUAUUAGUGGAUUUGGAUGCGGUAUAUGUAUAUUAGGUUCAACUUUAAUUGUAUUACAUGCACCAAAAGAACAAAAUUUAACAUCACUACAUGAAAUGUGGUUAAGAGCUACCGAUCCAUCUUUCAUUAUCUACAGUUUAUUCGUUAUAUUAAUGUCCAUCGUAUUGAUUUUUAUUUUGGGUCCACGUUAUGGUAAAACAAACCCAAUUAUCUUCACAUUGGUCAGUGGAAGUAUUGGCUCAUUGUCAGUUGUUGCUUGUAAAGGUAUUGGUGUAGGAUUAAAAAAUGCAUUCACUGUUGGCUUUUCAUCAAUGUUCUCAUCAUGGUUUUUUUGGUUCCUGAUGAUCUGGCUUAUUGGUGCAAUCACAAUACAAAUGUAUUAUUUAAAUCGAGCAUUAGAUUUAUUCAGUACUGGCAUAAUUACACCGUUACUAUAUGUGUUCUUCACUGGCUUUGUAAUCAUUGCAUCAACAGUGUUAUUUCAUGAAUUAAAUGCAUUGAAUUAUAUGGAUUAUGUUGGUUUAAUAUUCGGUUUGAUAUUCACAGUGUUAGGUAUUGUUAUGAUUACUGUGCUAAAGGAUUCCAAUUUCUCAUGGAAGAGCUUACGAACAUUUUUUCAUGCAAAGCAUUCAACCUACUCGUCAUCAAACAGUUCAUUUGACAUGCACAAUAAACUUUAUCGUCGUAUUACUGCAUUCAAACCAACAUUGUAUGACUGGAAAACUCGACAUGGUAGACGUUUAUCAUUCGAUCAAUUGAGUACCGAAAAGUUAAUCUCUGAUCAUCAUUCUGAUUCUGAACUCACUGAUGUUGUACAGCUAUUGCCACAUAUAACUAGUCGUAAUAUUAAUCAAAAUGGUCAUCUAAUGUCAGGUAAGGCAAAAAUGAAAAGAAUUCAAACAUUUACUGAUUCUCCACAAUUGUAUACUCUAACAAACGGAAUAGUUUCUGUCUCUACUUAAAACUUUGAGACAAACUAAACAAGAUUCAUUUCAUUUAUAAGUAUGACAAUCAUCGUAAAUGUAUAGUUGUCCUCAUAGGUGGAUGAUGCAUAUAUAUACUCUCCAAAUCACGUUAUAUGUCACAUUUCCAUUCGUGCUUUAAGUUACUUUUAUUUUCAACCGUUCCAUUUAGAUCAUUUAAAUUUCCAUCUGUACUGUAAACCCUUGAAAUAAGAAUGACAAUUACGAGUUAUUGUCUUUCACAACUAUUCUCAUAAUUUUUAUCAUGAUUAUUAUUGUCGUUACUAUAUUUCUUUCUUCCUUUUUGUUUUGAAUAAUUCUAAUUAGAUUUUGUAUAGGAUAGUAUUUUCUGAUUGUU